GAAGUGCUGUUUCGAUAUCGUGCAACCCUUCCCGGCUUUCGAUCAAUUCAAUCUUGACGCCUGUCCUUUUCUUUUUAGCCGUCGAUCUCUUCAUGCCCCCUUUUUUCCUUUAUCUUCCGGUCAUUGACAAACCUGAUUGGUUUUCAUUCUUGUUCUUGAUUCACCACCAUCACCAAUUCUCGAUUUCGUUGCUCCCUCUCUCUCCCUUUCAUCCCAAGUCGUCUACGUCGCGCGUUCAAUAACGAUUUCAUUGAAUCUGAUCUCGUUCGGCCCUUCGUUCACACAUUCUUUCAUGUUCUCUUAUUGACGACUUCUUUCUCUCUUCGACGCGAUUCUCACAACUGUAGCAUUCUUUCUUUCUCUCGACUCGUUUCCAAAAUUCCCAGCACAACUCCAACAAUCAUCAACCACUCAUCACUCCAAGAACAAUCUGUAGCCACACAACAAUCUCGAGAAUAAUCACAUUUUACAACUACGAUGGACUCCAACACUUUGACACAAGCAGGAUCCUCACCAACGCGUCACGGAUUGAUUCCUUCACCAACAUACUCUGAAUCAUCAUUUACAUCAAGCAAUAGCCCAAGCCUUUGCACGCCUGAUCAUCCAAGUAUCGGUCUUCCAAACCGUGACGCGAAAAGACAAGCAGACGUUAAAGCUGCCAACGUACGAUUCAUGACAGCUACUUCGGGAAACAAUGGUAAUGGAAAUAUGACUGAUGGUUUAUCCCAUCAAGAUAUGGCUGGAAACGGUCUAGCUGCUGCUUUGGAUUUCUCAAAGCAACAACAAUCAGAUCAACAACAACCAUCCCCAUCACCAUUGACAAAGAAAGCAGGACAUAAACGCAACCUUUCUGCAGCCAGAAGACAUAGCAUUCAAACAUUGAUGCCUGGAGAUGAAGAUAACAAUGCAUCACCCGCUUUGAUCGUCAAACGUAUUCAACAAGGCUUAACAGCUUUGCCUCCUUCGCCAACUUCAAAUGCAAUCGAUGACUUGAACAGUGAUGCAUUGCAGUUGUGGGAUGGUACAAUCGAUUUCGACGCUUUCAACAAUAUCCCAAUUGCUGAUUUCCUUCUAUCGCCUCCUCGUCUCACGGUUAGCUUGGCACAACAACAUCAACAAGAACAACAACAAAUCCAACAACAGAACAAUGAUAUCCCAUCAACAGCAAGCAUGACUGCUGCUGCCGUGACUGCAGCCUCUUCAUUUGGCGCAAUGAAUGAUGACACAAAGAGAAGAAGGACUUCAUUGACCGUUUCUGAUACACCUCAAAGGCCAUUAUCAGCUCAAACGGUUAUGCAAUCCACUCCUCCAAAUUCAUUCGCUCAAAUGCAAGCUAGAUCGGCAAGCAUUCAAAGCUCAGUUGCUUCAAGCCGUGUUACCCAAACGCCAAACUCAUUCACAACUUCUCUUACAGCAUCUUCCAUCUUUGACAGUGGAGGUAGCCCUUUGAACACUUUGGAGAACAAGAUGGGGAUGACAAACGGUGUUCGUCAACGUCGUCGUUCUUCAAUUUCUGGUGAUUGCACAAGCGAAAUUGCAUCUUUGACUGCUGGCUUGAAUGUUCCAUCAAUCAUUGCACCUGUUGCAGUUCACGGUAUGAACAUGCAAAACGAUCACUCAAUCGCACCAAGCUCACAAUGCCCUACUCCUCAACCUGUUCUUGAAUCUCAACCAAUGACAAGCAUGAUUAGCCAAGGAACAAGUAGCUCUUUGGAACGUUCAGACAGCAAAGGUGAAUCACCCAACAGUAAAGGUGCAGAUGUUUGGCCAGAUGAUGUUGAAGUUGCUUUCUGGGAAGCUCUUCGUUUGAUCCCUAAACUUGGACGUCGCAAAGUCUUGGUUCACGGUAAGCCAUGCGGUCGCAAUGAAUUGAUUGCUGAUUAUAUUGAACGCAAGACUGGCAAAACACGUACACGUAAGCAAGUUUCAAGUCACAUUCAAGUUUUGAAGAAUAUCAAAAAAGGUGAUGCAGAAUUCCAACAAUUGAUCGCUGAACCACAAACAGAGGAAGAUUUCUAUAUCCCUGCAGGUGGAAUGAUGUACGCCCAAACUUUGGCAAGUUACGGUUAUGGUGGUUUGGGUGGACCAUUGUUUGCUCCCGACGGAAAUGCAAACUUGUUCUCACCUUACUCAAGCAGUAUGCACAGCAGUCCAUUGCCACCUGUUUCUCAUCAUGAAGGCUUGAACACACCCGCCACGGCUGGAAUGACUGCCGCUUUCAAUGGAAUGCACAUCCCUUCGCCUGGUUUGGCACCUCAUGAUCCAAAAGCAAACAUGUCUCCUUCUUGCCCUAUCUUGCCUGCAAGCUUCAGUAUGUGGGUUCAUUGCAGUAGCAGCGAAGAUCGUCACGUUUACACAACAUUGGAACGCAAGAGCAAUCAAGUCAAUACUACAUUGCCACGUCUUUCGCUUGAUUCCGUUCGAUUGGGUCAAUACCGUUUCCCAAGAUUGGCAGAAAUGUAUCAUCAUUUGCCAUGUCAAUUCUUGCACAUCUACGUUCCAUUGGCUGUGCCACGUGCUGAUGUUUUGUUGCCACGUUAUGACCACUUCAGCACCCAAUUGAGCUUGACAAGUCAACAAGAAACACGAUUGACCAGUGUUACAACCGUCUACUCUCACGGUAAACGUGUCUUAUCACUUGUUGAACCUCUUGAUUCACCUCGUCGUGUUUCAGGUCGUGCUUCUUCUGCUGCUCCAGGAACAGAUGAUAUCAAUAACGGAAUUGCAUCUCCACGAUCCAACAACAAUUCUCUCACGGUCAAUGAUGCAACUUCUCAACCAAAGCACAAGUUCUGGCACCAAGCUCCAUUUGCAACCGAUUUCUGGGCAGACUUCCUCAGCCGUAACCAUCCUGUCAAUGUUUACAAUUCAGGAGAAGCUGUUCAAUCGUUCGGCAAAGAGCCAAGUGAACGUGCUGCAUUGGGAAUGGCUGUUUCCGGUGUUACAAUCGUGCAGGAAUUUGUGAUUGCAAGCAACGAUCAAGCUGGAUCUCAACAACAAGCAUCUGCAUCAGCUGAAGCACCUUCUAUGAAUGGCACUUCAUCUGCUAUUUUGAUGAAUGAUACAGGAAACCACAUCAGUCCAGGAAGCAAAGUUGGUAAUGUUGUUUUGGUGAUUGCCUGGGAUUUGGAAUGUGUCGAAGCAUUGAACGGUGAAGCAGGUACACCAGUCGUUUCACUUUUGACUGCCGCCUCACCUUCGCCUAGACCAUCCAUGUUGAUGCCUUCUCCUCAACCUAAUACGUUGGGUUUGAUGAGCACAACGCCAAACAGAUCCCCUGCCAUGGGAGGUAUGCAACAAUUGAUGUCUGCAAACAGUGCACAAGCAUCACCAAUGAUGUUGCAACCUUCCCUUUCACCUUGGCAACAAUCCACUCAUCUUUCACCUCAUUCUCCAAGCGUUCAGAUCACGCAAAUGCAUAGUCAACAAGAAAUGCAAGGUCAACAUCAUCCAUCAUUGUUGCAAAAGCGUGGAAUGGCAGAUUCAAAGCAUAAUUUGAACAUCUCCAUUCCAUCUGCUCCUAUGCUUGGCGUUCAAACAGGACCAAUGAGUGCAACUUCAAAUGGUAUGCUUUCACCUUAUGUUGCUGCUAGUCAACCUGCUUCUCUUGCACCUAGUCCAACAUCUGCAAUGACCCACAAUGCAGCUGCUUGGGGAUUGAUGCAACAACGUACGAUGAAUGCAUCCACUCCUGUUACACCAUUCCCUCAAAUGGUUGGAACUCCACAAGAGCCUCCAGCCAUUGGUAACACAGCUGAUGAAAUUGCACGUGGUAACCGUGAAAGGUUGGCAAGAGCAUGGGCAGCUGCUGCAGCCGCUGCAAACACCAAUGGCAACAUCAACACAUCCAACGAAAUCUCAAACAACAAUGCUAUGGGAUUACAGUUGCAUUCUCCUUUGGACGUCUCGUUCGGAUCGCAAGCCAAUAUGUCAAACGGUGAUCAAUCGCACAAUCAUUCUCAGUCUCAAGGAAGACUUGCUCCACCAAUGUUCAACUUCGAGACAAUUGGUAACAAUGGAUCCAGCGUCAGCUCAAUGUCAAGCGCAAUGUCCAGUCCAAUGCCUUCUUCAUCUACCUCUCUUGCUCCUUCCUCUUCUGCUUUGGGCAUCACAGGAGUGAAUAACGGUCCACUAAUGUCACCUGCUCACUUUGACGUACCAUCUGCAUCAAAUGGUAAUGGAUCGAACGAUUUCAAUGCCGCUUUUGGUAACUUUGACGCUUCAAACAUGGGCUCAAUGGACAACAUGACAACACAAGAAUGGAUGGACCAAUUAUUGCAAAGCGUUGGUGUUUCAUCCGAUCAAAAAUGAUUGGAAAUCAGCUUUUUGCUCUUCAAACCAAAAAGAAUGACAAUUUUCAAAAUAUACCCAAGCAUCUGUUCAAAACUUUUAUAUCUUUUCUUGCUCUUUCUUUGACCGUGUCUUUAAGAAAAGCUCAAUCUCACCUCGUGCUCAACAGUCUCGGUUUCUGGUCGCCUUUUUCACUGUAUCUCUAUCUCUUUCAGCCGUCUUGCAUCAAAGUCUACAACGCAAAGACUAUAUCCUGUUUCAUAUGCUAUCGCUCUAUCAGCAACUUUUCUAAUCUCGCUCAUUUUUUCAUUCUUUCUCUUUCUUCCUCCUACCCUCGUCAUUCAUUUACCUGUUCUAUUUCCAUUCUUUCUUUUGUCGUGCCCU